GCCGCGCUCGGGUCUCCGGGAUGUGCCCUUCUGAGAUGGGGACGCCGUGGCACCGCUGGUCCCCCGUGCUCAUCAGCCUGGCCGCCCUGCUCUCCAAAGUGACCGAGUGCCGCGGGGUCCUGGAGAGUAUCCAGAGGUUCUCCCUGCUGCCCACCUACCUGCCCGUGACCUACCACAUCAAGAACACCGACGUGUCCUUCUUCCUGAAGGAGGCCAACCAGGACAUCAUGAGAAACUCCAGCCUGCAGUCCCGCGUGGAAUCCUUCCUGGUUUACAAAUCUAAGCGGCUGCCCGUCCUGAACGCCAGCUACGGGCCCUUCUCCAUCGAGCAGGUGGUGCCCCAGGACUUAAUGCUGCCCUCCAGCCCCUUCGGCUUCACCAGCAAGUUUUCCCUCAACUGGAAGCUGAGGGCGCACAUCGUGCGGGACAAGGUGUACCUGAGCCGCCCCAAGGUGCAGGUGCUCUUCCAUCUGCUGGGCCGGGACUGGGCGGCGCGGAGCCCGGGCGAGAGACUGCCCUGCCUGCGGGUGUUCGCCUUCCGGGAGACCCGGGAGGUGCGGGCCGGCUGCCGGCUGCAGGGGGCCCUGGGGCUGUGCGUGGCCGAGCUGGAGCUGCUGGCCGGCUGGUUCGGGCCCCCCACCGUGCUGGCCGGGAGGAAGAAGGCGCCGGGGCCGCCCGAGGGGAGCCCCGUGGAGCUCUACUAUGCCGUGCAGCCGGGGGACGGGCGCGGGGACUGUGCCGGCGGCGGGGACGCCAGGAAGGGCAACUCCAUCCGGCCGGGGAGGGACGGGCCGGAGGAGGCCGUGCCCCACCUGCAGAGGAUCGGGAGCGUCUUCCUCUACCAGACGGGCAGCAGGCCCGCCCUGAGGGAGCUGCGUCUGGACAGCAACGUGGCCAUCCGGUACUCGGCCCGCACGGCGAGGCAGGGCGAAGUGCUCACCUUCCCUGUGGCCGUGUCCCGAAACUGCAGCGCCGAUCGCUUCACGCUGAGGGCCAAGGUGAAGAAAGGCGUGAGCGUCGUGGGGGUGAGAGCCAGCAGCCCUUCCAUUUGGGAGGUCACGGAGGGCACGGAGCACACUGGCAAGUACGCACCGGCUGUCAUCCUCUGCCAGAAGAAAUCCGCGGGCUCGGAAACCGGUGUGGAUGACGCCUCCGAUGAAGUCAUGCAGGUUGACGUUCAGAUAGAGGAGCCCAGUGACCCGCCGGCCACACAGCUUGUCACGUGGCAGGUCGAGUAUCCAGGAGACAUCACGUCUGACUUGGGCGUAUCCAAGAUCUACGUGAGUCCGAAGGACUUGAUGGGCGUCAUACCGCUGGCCAUGGAGGCGGAGAUCCUGAACACGGCCAUCCUCACGGGGAAGACGGUGGCCGUCCCGGUGAAGGUGGUCUCGGUGGAGGAAGACGGCACGGUGACGGAUGUGCUCACGUCUGUGGAGUGCAGGUCGUCCGACGAGGAUGUCAUCAAGGUGUCGGACCGCUGUGACUACGUCUUUGUCAACGGGAAAGAAAUGAAAGGCAAGGUGAACGUGGUGGUGAACUUCACCUACCAGCACCUGAGCAGCCCUCUGGAGAUGACGGUGUGGGUGCCCCGGCUCCCGCUGCAGAUCGAGGUCUCGGACACCGAGCUCAACCAGAUCAAGGGCUGGAGGGUGCCCAUCGUCUCCAACAAACGGCCGGCCCGGGACAGCGAGGAAGAGGAGGAGGACGAGAGGAGAGGGGGCCGUGGGUGCACUCUCCAAUACCAGCACGCCAUGGUGCGGGUCUUGACGCAGUUUGUGGCCGAGGCGGCGGACCGUGGGGGGCACCUGGUCCACCUGCUGGGCUCAGACUGGCAGGUGGACAUCACGGAGCUGGUGAAUGACUUCACGCAGGUGGAAGAACCCCGCAUCGCCAGGCUGCAAGGGGGCCAAGUCCUGAUUGGCCAGGAGCUCGGCAUGACCACCAUUCAGAUCCUGUCACCUCUGUCGGACGCCAUCUUGGCGGAAAAGACCAUCUCCGUGCUGGAUGAGAAGGUGACCAUCACAGACCUCGGGGUCCAGCUGGUGACCGGGCUGUCACUCUCCCUGCAGCUCAGCCCAGGGAGCAACAGAGCCGUCUUUGCCACUGCGGUGGCUCAGGACCUGCUUCAGAGGCCCAGACAGGAGGCAGCCAUCAGUUGCUGGGUCCAGUUCAGCGAUGGCUCCGUCACCCCCUUGGAUAUCUACGAUGGGAAGGACUUCUCCUUGAUGACCACGUCCCUGGACGAGAAAGUGGUCUCCAUCCACCAAGACCCCAAAGUCAAGUGGCCGAUCAUCGCCGCUGAAACUGAGGGACAGGGUCCUCUGAUCAAGGUCGAAAUGGUUAUUAGCGAAUCGUGCCAGAAGUCCAAGCGGAAGAGUGUGCUGGCUGUGGGAACGGCCAACGUCAGAGUUAAAUUUGGCCAAAGUGAUGCUAACCCCAACACCAGUGACAGCAGACACACGGGGGCAGGAGUUCACCUAGAAAAUAAUGUCAGUGACAGAAGACCCAAAAAACCCUUGCAAGAGUGGGGGGGUCAGGGGGGACCGUACUACGGGAGUUCCUCCAUGGGCCUCAUGGAAGGAAGGGGGUCCACGACAGAGAGGCCAACCUUGCAGAGAAAGAAGAACCAAGAAAGCCUCCUAGACGAUGGCCGCCAUCUGCAGACCGUCGCCAUUGACUUCACCAGCUUCCCGACCCAGGGGGGCCCGCCCAGCAGCAAUGGGGAAGUGGACGAGAACGGCCUCACACAGGCAUCCAAAGGGCUGAGCGACUUGGAGAUCGGCAUGUACGCCCUGUUGGGUGUCUUCUGCCUGGCCAUUUUGGUCUUCCUGAUAAAUUGUGUGGCCUUUGCGUUGAAGUACAGGCACAAACAGGUUCCCUUCAAAGAGCAAGAAGGUAUGAGUCACUCCCAUGACUGGGUUGGGUUGAGCCACCGGUCAGAACUGCUGGAGAACCACAUUAACUUCGCCUCCUCCCAAGAUGAGCAGAUCACCGCCAUUGACAGGGACAUGUAUUUCGAGGAGAGUAAGUAUCUCCUGAGCACAAACUCCCAGAAAAGCAUCAACGGGCAGCUGUUCAAGUGUUCGGGACCCACCAUUGCUGAUGGGAAGGAUCAGAAGAGUGAGCCCCCAACGUCCCCGACCUCAAAAAGGAAAAGGGUAAAAUUUACCACCUUCACCACCAUCCCCUCGGAUAAAGAAGGGUGCCCCGCCGUGAACUCCGUCCCGACCAGUGGUGAGGACACAGACUGGGUCUGCGGGGAUCUGGACCCUGGGGAAAGCAGACAGCCACACCGCUACGCGGGAAGGUUACGUGAGGACGUGUAAGCCGGGACACUUGCACACAUUGCUUCGCACUCAACUCCCAGCCUUUAAUUUGGGGACGGAGCGUAGCGACCGGACACGAUGAGGUCGUCCCUGUCCUCAGAGCCCUGGAAAAUGCCCCCGGCUCGCCUGGGGGUGGCCCCACGUCGGGACCCGUGCACACGUCCCACCGUACGGUGUCUUGGUCAGUGCCGAGAGGCUCGCCGUGCAUGGCAGGAUUUUUAAAACUUGCAGGAAAAACCGAGUUCUGAAUCACUGAGCUUCCGAAAGGUUCUGGGAAUAAGCAGCCCCCCUCUGCCCACGGCCCUCUUUCUGUCUUUAAUCACAGCACUUUGGAGAUUGUGAAGCCGCGUGGCUCCCGUGUGCGGUCGUGCAGACCGUGGAAGGCGACCAAGACUCCGCGGAAGCGUGUGCCUCGCUGGGAGGCGGCGUGUCGCUGGGGUC